GCGCUUGGGCGUUUAGCUUGCCAGCGAGCGAGCCAAGCGCCGUAACCAGCCGAGUGCCAACUUGAUCAGCAGUUCGCAGAACCACGGCUUCCAACCCAAUCGACAGUCCCGCCCACCACCACCAGAAUCAUCCACCGGCCUACCACAUUCGCCGUCGCACGGUGCAAUUUGGUCGGAUCGUCAUCUGUCGCUCGAUCCAUGUGCAUUCGCUGCCCUCUCUCCAAAGCCGCCUCGGCCCAGCAUCCGCACCACUGUACCAACGGAAGAAUGGGAACGUACUCGCUCGAAAUCGUUGAGGGUCCCCGCCAAGUUCGAUCCUCAGGAUUCAAUAGUCCUAUUGCCGGGCGAUCCAUGGACCCGGUCCCGGUUCUGCGACUAACCUACAUCGAUGAACAUGGCAACACCACCACCGAUGGAAAUUUGCUGACAGAGGCCCUCCAUUUUCUGGUCCACGUCCGCCUCUAUUCAGGAGACGGCGCCCAAGAUCUAACGGACAUGAUUGUCUUCCAAAACAAAACCAAGCCGGGCCUGUCCGACACAUCUCCAGAUCCGUUUCAGGGCGAAACCGAUAGCUGGACCCAUACCCAACCGUCGCCGUCGUCGGCGUCGCUGUGUCGGAGCACAACCCCAGCAGAGCAGAGGCUACCGGACGGAUCAGCGCUGAAGACCGAGGAGCCGCCGACUGCCCUGUCAGCCUCGAUGGUAGCGGCAAUCAUAAAUUCGUACGGCAACUUCCCGCCGAGCGCCGUCGGCCCGUGCAUCCAGCAAGAGCACGGCGCCUAUGGACUGCCGCUCUAUGGAACCCUCGUCUCGCCCAGCUACUUUGCCCGCGGCCUCGACGAGCAACUCAGCGUCUUUUUCCUCUUCGGGAACCUCUGCACCCGGAUCGAGGGCACGUUUCGGCUCGGCUUUGUGCUCGUGGACAUGCGGUUAUCGAGCCUUCCGCCGGCCCCCAAGACGCUGUGCACGGUCGUGUCCAAGCCCUUUGUUUCUCACACCUGGAGGACCUUUCCCGGAAUGAACAAGGUGUCUGCGCUGACGAGCCAUCUCAUCACCCAAGGCGUGGUCAAGAUCAUCCGGAAAGCACAGCCGCUGAAGGAGGAGCGACAGAAACGAUGGGACUACCAUCCCAGUAGCGACUCUGGGAAGCGCUGAGCCUUCUGAGCAGCCUUCCUCUCUCCCGCCUCGCUGCUCGCCGCUGUCGUCGAUAUAGACUUACCACGCCACUCACAAUCAUCACUCUAUGGCUUCAAGCACGAAGCCAGUUGCACCCAAAAACGUCGCCGUGCUCGCUCAUCUGUCUCAGCAAACCUUCAACUGUACCAAUUAUCACGUUUCCUGGAGUGAUCAAAUAUACUCAGCACCCUGGUUUUACUUACUAUCGGACCCGAUCUACAACCGACAUCUGAUCUUGGGACGUGCUUGCUUCCUCCAUCCUUCAUCUCCCCCCCCCU